UCUGUCGCUCUCUUUCUCGUGCUAUUUGUUCCUUUUCUUUAUUCGGGAUCGACCCGGUGGUCGGCAUUGCUGUUGUUCAGAGCCUAGAGAGAGAGUGAGAGAGAGAGAGAGGUGAGAGAUGGGAAGAGGACGAGUAGAGCUUAAGAGGAUCGAGAACAAGAUCAACCGCCAGGUGACGUUUUCCAAACGGAGGAACGGUCUGCUCAAGAAGGCUUACGAGCUUUCUGUGCUCUGCGACGCUGAAGUUGCGCUCAUCAUCUUCUCCAGCCGCGGCAAGCUCUAUGAGUUCGGAAGCGCCGGCAUGAACAGAACCCUCGAGCGUUACCAACGAUGCUGUUACACUCCUCAAGACGCCAAUGCUGCUGAUCGUGAAACACAGAGCUGGUAUCAAGAGGUCUCGAGGUUGAAGUCAAAAUAUGAAUCUCUGCAGCGCGCACAGAGGCAUUUGCUUGGAGAAGAUCUUGGGCCACUUAGUGUGAAGGAGUUGCAAAAUCUUGAGAAACAGCUUGAAGGAGCCCUCUCAGCAGCUAGGCAACGGAAGACACAAAUAAUGAUGGAAGAAAUGGAAGAACUCCGCCGUAAGGAGCGUCAUCUCGGCGACAUUAAUAAGCAGCUCAAAAAUAAGCUUGAGGCGGAAGGGCAAGGUUCUUUUAGAGCCAUCCAAGCGUCAUGGGACUCUACUGCUCUAGUUGGUAAUACCUUCUCAGCGCAGUCUUCUCAAUCCAAUACCAUGGACUGCGAGCCCACCUUGCAAAUAGGGUACCACCACUAUGUUCCACCGGAGGGAGCAACCAUCGCCAGAAGCGUAGCCGGCGAGGGUAACUUCAUUCAAGGAUGGGUUCUCUGAGCUAAAUUGAACAAAACAGACAUAAGACAAAGGUCUACCUGCUGCAACUGGAUGUGUUAAAGUUAUUAACUUACUACAUUUGCUAUAUAUUAAACACACACAUAUUUGGAUAUGCUUAUAUAAUUUUAGGACAGCUCUUGCAUGCUUGGUAGGGCUCUGAGCGUCCUGGAUUGACUGCUUUUGCACGUUUCUCUCUCAUAU